AUGGACGGAGGAGCAAAAGCUGCAGGCGGCGGGGCCGAAGUCGUGUUCCGGAAGGUUGCCGCUGGCGAAUCGAGGUUGUGGGAAACGAAGCGGAUCCAGCAUGCCGACCUUAACAGGCUUCAUCUUCGGUCGAUAGAAUCCAUCCUUGACCCCACGGUCUCGGCCGACAGCAUCAUCGGCGCGGUAGCGUAUGCCGUAACUAGCCACGGGCUGCGAGUGACCCAGCGAGAGCAAGGGCGCAUCGUGGCCCAGCGCGUGGAAGCGCCUUACCUGGCGAGUGUCUCCUCGGGGAGCUGGCGCUCCGGUUCCGGCCAAGAGAGGGAGGAGUGGAGGAUGGUGGUGGCAAACGUUGGGGUUUCCAAGGGGGUGGGGGAAGGAAAGAUGGUCGAGCGGGUGCUCUCGGUGUCUUUCAUGACGGACCCCGUUCCGAAACCCACCGACCUUGCCGGAAAGGGGGCGGCGGCGGUAUCCUCGCUCCUGGGCUCGGUUGGCUCGAUCGCCUCGACGUUCAGCUCCUCGAUGACCUCGAGUUCUAAGGAUGGCCCGGCGGGCAGCAGCGCCGGCAGUGCCGGCGCGGCGGCGGGGAAGGCGGGGGCGGCGAGCGGGGCUGCUUCUUCGCUUACCGCCGUCGAGAUCGCGAACGUGAGAAGCAACCAACGCGCCGACUCUCUUCUCCAGGCGGUCGUGGCGGAACUCGGCAGAGUCGGCUGGCAAGGCGCGGUAGACCGACGAACAGGCACCGCCGCCACCGCCGCCGCCGUUGUUGGGCCUCGCGGGACGAAGCCGUCGCCGGGGUCGCCGGGGCCUGAGCAACAGAAGGCGGCGGAGAAAGGCGAGGACGCCGGUGACGGCGCCAGGCCCGGCGAACGGGCCGCUUCCAUGCCGCAAGAAGUUUUGGUGCUUGCGCCGUUCGACGGCAGCAACAGCAGCAGCAGCAGCGCGUCAGGCUCCGUGGCGUCGGCGUCGGCCCUCGGCCCUCUUUCUCCCGAGGAGGAGGGGAGGGAGGGAGAGAAGGCGGAGGGCCCUCCCCGGCAGGAGGAGGACCAAGAAACCGGAGUGCCGGAGGGCGGCGUAGCGACGGCCGGUGCCGGUGCAGACGCGGUCGUUGCGGCCGCUGCUGCUACUGUCGUUGAGGUGGGACUGUGCCUACAGUUCGUGGAAGGGCUUUGUGCGCGGGCCGAGGAGUAUAGCAGGCACGACGCAGCCGAAACGUGGAGGCCGCUCCAAGACACAGUUUCCAGGCUGGAGCGUGACAACGCGACUCUGCGUUCGCUGCUGGAGCCCAAGUACCGGGCCGUGGGAGCAGCGCCCCCGCCAGUGCCGAUCUGGUCCGGACGGCGAAGCUUCGGCGAAACGUACGGGUCGUCGGUGGGGUCAGCAGCUACCAACGUGGGAAACGCCCCCAGCAAGCGGGUCGUCGAGCUGCUUCGGUCGACCCCGCUGUUCGUCAUAGACGGGAAGCAGGUCAAGGCGAAGGUGGUAUCGACGGCGGCGGCGGCGGCGGCGGCGAGCGGCGCUGCCAAGCGGGACGGCGAGCGACAAAUCGACGGAAGCAGCUCUGCUACGGGUUCCGCGGCUUCCGAUCUGGGCGGGAGUCGUCGGCAUGCCUUGCUGGUGCGGGCGGCCGUCAAAGCCCUCACGGAGGUGGUGGGCCGAGUGUGCGAAUCCCGCGAGGAGGCGUUCUUAAAGGCCCGCCUCCCAGGCGCGCAGGCCUACACGGUGGAGCUGGAGAGGUAUGGGUCCACGAUCGCGGGCGGGAGCGCGCUCAGAGCCACCGCCUCGUCUCCGGAGCGAGACUGGGCCAGUGCCGGCAGCGUGGAGGUCGACGACGACCUGUGGCGGCUCUUCGCCGCGCAGGAGACGCGGUUGUACAGCUCGUCGGCCGCCCUGGGGAAGAAGCCCGGGAGGCUCUACGUGACUUACAGCACGCUGUGGUUCCAUUCUAAGGUCUUGGGGUUCGAAUCGAGACACGUGCUGCCUCUUGCCGAGGUGGUGUCCAUCACUCUGCUGGGCACGGCGCUCGACCUCUCGUCGAGCCUGGUCAUCGCCACCAACAGCGGCGGGGUGCCUGGGGAGCUCAUGUUCAUCUUCCCGGGGCAGAAGCGGCGGCAGGUGGAGCCGCUGGAGGUCCUUCUCCGGCAGCUGGCGGUCCUCGCCGCCAAGGAGAGGGCGGCGACGGCGGAGGCAACAGAGGCAACAGCAGCAGCGUCGCCCGACGUUUCGUCGUGAUGGUGGAGGAAGGCACGGCAACGGCAUGGUGCUGUUUAGGAGCACGCAACCAACAAAGGAAGGGGUGUGUGCGCGGUACAUUCGUUGAGACGGGUGUUCGAGAGGGACUAUUACUGCUGCGCGAUGGUGUUUGAAAGCCAGCCGGCGACGACGAGAGCGAGGUGUUGGUGGUGGCUUAACGUGGGGGUGGUUUCAGCAGGUUGAACGGCUCGAUCCACUCGUUUUGACGGUCGCAGAAUAACCUGUGUUGUCCCGGUGUUACCGUUAUCAAACCAACAAUAAAAAAAUGCGGGAGAAGAAUUUCGGGGAAGACGACACAAAACAGCGCACACGCUGGGUGCGCUUGCGAACGUCCGGCUCUGUCUUUGCCAAAACUUCGCUUCGGGGGGCGACGGAAAGGGGGCGGGCGGGAAAACCUUCCCCACCUCGAACAACGCAGGAAUCCGAAAAUAUUUGUCGGCAGACGUGUCCGGCGGGGCUUCUCCCCAUACGGGAAUGCUUUCACACUUUCGGCAGAGGCGCGAAAGUAUUAUAUUUAGCUGUUUAUUGUUAGAGUUGAAGAGAAACACAACGUGUCAAUGAGGCCACAGGCGGGCGGGGUUGCACUCAUGUAAAUCCGUGCCAUAGGCGACAGUCAGGCGGGGUGGGAUGAUGGAGAACGUCAGUGUCUCGGCGCUGACAAGCCUUGAGAGCGGUGAAAAAUGCCGGGCAUGAUACAGGUAAGCGUUCUUCAUUGGCGGCGCUUCGCGACCUUGCCACGAAAGGACGAUAUUCGGAGCGUGAGAGUGCAGGCCAGUUCGAAAACGAACGGCCUUCAAGCUUCUAUCGUCGGGUAUAUUUUCCGAUAGCAGCCAGUGGAUGAGAAUUUUGGGCUUCAAAAGGUGUAGAUAAUCAAAAUCGGAGUUUGCUUUCGUG